AUGGAGUUGUCCACCAAAGUGAUCACGCCCGAAGUCUUGAUCCUGGCGGGCUGCUUGGCCUGUCUGGUAAUCUCGCACUAUGUGGUUUCGAUCAUUCGCUCCCGAGCGAAAUCCAGCUUUGUUUCUUCGAGCCAACCGACCAAAGAGAAGAAGGUAGACGCUCUCGAGGAUUACAAGUUUCCCACCCCAGAGCCGUAUCCCGACUGGUCGAUCGAAACUACCAAGCCGCUUCCCUAUCGCGCUUUCCGAUAUGGCCCAAAGUACCAUGUCACGAUGGGACUCCGGUCGAUCCCCGCACAAGAAUGGAUCGAGCUCGAUAACCAGUUCCCCAAGUUCCAUGCCGACAAGGCUGCUCGAAUCCGAGAGAGGGGCGAGAAGUGUGUCCGAACCCACCCAAGCGCCUACCCUGCAGCCCUGGAGCUGGUCGAAGAGCUGGUAAACUAUCUCCCUGCCCGAUACCCAAGUCUUUACAAACGGACUCCUGUUGGCAUCGACAACCUCUGGUCGGGCGAGUCCUUCAAUAUCGUUCAGAGACCACUCGCCGAGGAUCCUAUGGCUACAGCGGCGAGGCUUGUGCAGGAUGACCUCGCUCUAAUGCUUGAAGGCUCUGACGGCCGAUACUACCUCAUGGCUGGAGCUGUUUUGCUUGCUGGGUUCUGGAAGCUGUCAGACAAGUACGGAAUGCCGCUUGAGGAGAUCCACACAUCAGGCAGCGUCCCUCAUUACAAAGAGAAGCUGCAUACGGGGAUGGCAAACUUCUUCAGGAGACUGCGCUGCGACCAGACGUACUCCCGCAACAACUACUUCAUCCAGGUCGACGAUUCGCUUCCGUGGAGUUGGAGCAUCGGCUCCGAGGACAGUCCUGAAACAAGUUGGAGUACCGCCGAAAAGGACAAGGCCAUUCAGCACCACUGGUUCCGAUCCGAGAGGCAGUCUCUGCGCCGUCUUCCCAAGUCCAGAGCUGUUGUCUUUACCGUCCGUACCUACUUCCACCCUAUCACGGACAUCGCGAAGGAAGACUACGUUCCGGGUCGACUCGCCAGCGCCAUCCGCAGCUGGGAUGAUAAGGUUGCCAAUUACAAGGGACGAGAGACAUAUGGUAAGGUUCUGCUGGAGUAUCUGGACGGACAACAUGCCAAACAGCUGGAAAGAGGGCUGGAUCUGGAGAAAGAGGACGAGGUGCGAGCAUACCCAUGGUAG